AUGAGCUACUACAGCGGCUACUACAGAGGCCUGGGCUACGGCUAUGGUGGCUUCAGAGGCCUGGGCUGCGGCUAUGGCUGUGGCUGUAACAGCUUCCGCAGACUGGGUUAUGGCUGUGGUUAUGGAGGCUACGGAUAUGGCUCUGGCUAUGGAAGCUAUGGUUCUGGCUCUGGCUAUGGAGGCUACAGAUAUGGCUGCUGCCGCCCUUCAUGCUGUGGAGGGUAUGGGUUCUCCAGUUUCUACUGA